AUGUCACAUUCAGUAAAGAUUUAUGAUACGUGUAUAGGCUGUACUCAAUGUGUCCGAGCCUGCCCGACCGAUGUAUUAGAAAUGAUACUCUGGGACGGGUGUAAAGCGAAACAAAUUGCUUCUGCUCCAAGAACAGAAGACUGCGUUGGUUGUAAAAGAUGUGAAUCUGCCUGCCCAACCGAGUUUUUAAGUGUUCGAGUUUACUUAUCUCAUGAAACAACUCGCAGUAUGGGUCUAGCUUAUUGA